CGGGGGAAGAAAGGGACAAUACGUGUCUGCGUGUGGGAGCAGUUCUGUGUUUGGUGGGGUCUGCGUUAGGAGCCACUAUCUUUGGGGUUGUGUGGAUAUUACAGGUGCAACUUUUUCUUCAGGUCGAAAUGGGAGCUUUACUUUAUGUUUGUGUUCUGGCUUGCACUUUUUUCGUUUCUCAAGCAAAUGGACUCAAAAGUAAGUACAUUUUUGGUUGCUUUUGGGGUUUUAGCUGUACCCAUCAAUCAGGUUUGCGGUAUAGGAUGCAGAUAACGUAUAACGUUUUGGCAAAUGGAUAACUAAAAUGAUAUAGGGAUACUUGUUACAUUGUUAUUGAUAAUUGUUAUGCGUUUUUUUAAAUAUUUUUCCUUUUUAGCCUAUAAAGGUUUAUUAAUGCACCCAGUCAAGUCUUUCAAAUGACUAUAGUUCGAAAUACUUUCACAUAUGCAUGGCAUUGACAUUUAUCUGCCAUUUUCUCCGUUUACCCUGUGGUUUUCAAAUUACUCUUUACAAGGAAAAAGCAACGCUCCUUUCAUUGUAUUCUUCUGACCUUGCUCAUCUCAUAAGAAUUUCAGAGGCGCGAGCUGUUAUUGCGUUACUAGCGUCCACGCGCUUGUCCUGUCAGUCACAGUCCCAUGAGCCCAAUUACGCCAUUUACGCGCGUGCACAUGGAGAUCCGUCUUGUGAAUAUGGUUACCUGGAUAGGUUUUCCAAAGGUUACUUUUAUUCAGUAUAUAACACGACUUUAAACAAAAUCUAUUGCACUCGUCAGUCUAUAUCCAGAAUAUUACAGUUCAUUAUGGUUAAGGAAAUAGGCCUGUUUCAACGAAUUAACACGAUAAACUUACAUUAGGGCUCUCACAUUAGGUAGAUUUUCCAAAGUUUUUAAAAGCACAAUUUUAACCUAUAAUUCUAUAGGCCUAAGUCUCAAAACAAAAUUGUACUCUCUCUCUCUCUCUCUCUCUUUCUCCUCUCUUUCUCUCUCUUCUCUCUUCUCUCUCUCUCUUCUCUCUCUCAGCUUACCGGGACAUGUUCCCUCACAAGCAUUCAUUGUCGAUGAAGUUCCCGCCGAUCCCCGGUUGGAACCCAGACAGCAACCCGUGGGAUGACUAUCUCUACCCGCCCUUCGGUCCCAAGGAACUAACGCGGAGAAAAGGUGAGCACCGCCAGAGACCUUUUCAAAUUAUGCAGAGAAAGUUUAUAACGUUCUCACAACAUUUAUCAACUAAUUUCCCCUCCGGAUCCAGGUAAGCCCGUCAAAGUGCGCCUGACCAGCGACAGUCCGGCAAUCAACGGUUCUGUGGUGUCAUUCACUGCCAAGCUAGAGUACCCGCCAUGUCAGAAGGAGGACGCCAACGGGGAACUGGUGUGGGAUGAUCACUGUCUGGAUGGUAUGGAGCUGGAGGCCUCAGGUGCAUCUACACACACACACACACACGCACGCACCUAGCAUGAACAAACCCACCCACCCACAGACACACACGCAUAUAUAUAUAUAUAUAUAUAUAUAUAUAUAUAUAUAUAUAUAUAUAUAUAUAUAUAUAUAUACAGUGAGCUCCAUAAUUCAUUGGACAGUGACCAUUGUUUUGUUAUUUUGGUUCUGUACUCUAGCACUUUGAGUUUGAAAGGAUACAAUGACAAUGAGCGUGAAGUGCAGACUGUCAGCUUUAAUUUGAGGGUAUUUUCAUACAUAUCGGAUGAACCGUUUAGAAAUGACAGCACCUUUUGUACAUGGUCCCCCCAUUUUAAGGUACUACAAGUAUUUGUUAAAUUGGCUUCACAGAUGUGUGUCGUUAGGCAGGUGUAUUCAUUUGUGUCGUUAGUGAAUGCAGGAGAGCUGUUGAUGAAUAGUAAUGAUUCUAGACGUUGCUAUUGCCUUUGGAGGUUGUUAUUGGGGUGUGACAACAUGAGGAAGACAGCAGUGUCGAUGCAAAUGAAGUUGGCCGUCAUAAGGCUUAGAAAUGAAAAUCAAUCAUUCAGGAACAUUGCAAAAAACCUGGCCAUGCCCAAGUCAACAGUUUUGUUCAUCAUUAACAAGAAAAAAACAACCGGUGAACUCAAUUAUGUCAAAAGACCCGGUAGACAGAGGAAGACCACUGUAGUGGAUGACCGGAGAAUACUCUCUAUGGUGAAGAAAAAACCUCUGAUAACAGCCCAACAGAUCAAAAACACUCUCCUGGAUGCAGGUGUAGAUGUGUCAAAGUCUACCAUACGCAGAAGACUACACCAGCAGGACUACAGAGGGUACACUACAAGAUGCAAACCACUGAUAAGCCUGAAGAACAGAAAGGCAAGAUUACAGUUUGCUAAAAAGCACCUAAAAGAGCCCCAAGAGUUCUGGAAAAAAAUAUUGUGGACAGAUGAGACAAAGAUUAACAUGUACCAGAGUGAUGGAAAGACAAAAGUGUGGAGAAAAAAAAGAAAUGCCCAUGAUCCAAAGCAUACCACCUCAUCCAUGAAACAUGGUGGAGGGGGUGUUAUGGCUUGGGCCUGUAUGGCUGCCAGUGGAACAGGCUCACUUGUUUUCAUCGAUGAUGUGACUGCAGACAGAAGUAGAACAAUGAAUUCUGAAGUCUACAGAAAUAUUUUAUCUGCUCAGAUAAAACCAAAUGCCUCCAAACUCAUUGGACGGCACUUAAUCAUGCAACAAGACAAUGACCCUAAACAUACUGCUAGAGCAAAAAUGGGUUUUUGAUGGCCAAAAAGUGGAAAAUCCUUGACUGGCCGAGUCAAUCACCAGAUCUGAAUCCAAUUGAACAUGCAUUUUACAUGCUGAAGAGGAGACUUAAGGCAAUAAGUCCCCGAAACAAGCAGGAACUGAAGAUGGCUGCAGCACAGGCCUGGCAGAGCAUCACCAGGGAAGAUACCCAGCGUCUGGUGAUGGCGAUACAUCGCAGACUUCAAGCAGUCAUUGCAUGCAAAGGAUAUGCGACCAAAUAUUAACAAUGAUUACUUUAUUCUACAUUAUGUUAAACUGUCCAAUGUUUUUUGAUGCCCGAAAAUGGGGGGGACCAUGUACAAAAGCUUCUAUAAUUCAUAAACGGUUCAUCCGAUAUGUAUGAAAAUACCCUCAAAUUAAAGCUGACAGUCUGCACUUCACCCUCAUUGUCAUUGUAUCCUUUCAAACUCAAAGUGCUAGAGUACAGAACCAAAAUAACAAAAGAAUGGUCACUGUCCAGUGAAUUAUGGAGCUCACUGUAUAUAUAUACAUAUACAUAUACAUACUCACACACACACUCUCACAGUGGUGGAUUUAAGAUUAGGAAGAAUAGGCAAUUGCCUCAGUAAAAGGACAGGUGCUGCUGAUAAUAUAGUGCUUCUGAUAAUACUGCCAUCUUCGUCGAGGCAGAGGACAUGUCCCAAUGGGCACACACUGGUUGAAUCAACGUUGUUUCCACGUCAUUUCAAUGAAAUGAUGUUGAACCAAGGUAGAAUAGAUGUUGAAUUGACAUAUGUGCCCAGUGGGGUGUGUGUAGCCCAUGUAUCUGAUGCUGCAUGUCAUACUAUUUUUGGCCAGACACCAUCAGAUACAUGGACUACACAUAGUAUGACAGAGGGGCGCUGUUUCGCUCGCUAGGAUGCUUUCUCCGGUGAGAUAGUUUCAGCCACUUGCGAAUUAAAGGAAAGUUGGAAAGUUGUCGAAUGCACAGUGCACUGUUCGGAUCCUGGAAUUAUUUUGGAUGAACGUGCAAAGGUAAACUACUUUUUGAAGUGAUUUGUUUGACAAUCAAAUGAAAACUGGUUGUGUUUAUGGCACAUUAAAAGGUCAUACAUUUUUACAGUUAAAUUACAUGGCUUUACUAUAAACCCAUUUAAAAAAUGUGUGCGUGUGCCUCAGUCUGGCCUCAGUCUGACCUCAGUCUGACCUCAGUCUGACCUCUGCCUGGGGCCUCCAAAUUGUAUUGUAUUGUAUUUAUUAAGGAUCCCCAUUAGUUCCUGCCAAGGAAGCAGCUACUCUUCCUGGGGUCCAGCAACAUUAAGGCAGUUAUAUACAAUAAAAUAUAUUACAUGACAUUACAUUUCAUAAAACUUUUCACAACACAUUAAGUGUGUUCCCUCAUGCCACUACUGUACUACCACAUAUCUACAAUACAAAAUCCAUGUGAAUGCGUGUGUCUGUGUGUUUCUUCACAGUCCCCGCUGUUCCAUAAGGUGUAUUUUUGAUUCUACUGCUUGCAUCAGUUACCUGAUGUGGAAUAGAGUUCCAUGUAGUCAUGGCUCUAUGUAGUAUUGUGCGCCACCCAUAGUCUGUUUUGACUUGGGGAUUGUGAAAUCACUAAGUACGCCCCUGCACAUAAACACACACACAAAGACACAGACAGACACACACAGACACACACAGACACACCCACCCACCCACACACAGACCCCCUCACACAGACACAGACACACACACACACACACAGACACACACACACACGCACUUUACAAAAAUGACAACAGCUGAUAAGUUCAUUAUACAGUCAGCGAUUUAGCAUUCACAAAAACUGAAUAGAUCAACAUUGAGGCAUGAAAUAGGCUAGGGUGUACUAAAUUCUGUGAAUUGACUGUAACUCUCUCCUCCCCUGCCCUGGUCAGCUAACAGUCAACUUAAGUCUGGCUAUGUGUUUAACUGGACCUCCUGGCUGGAUGACUAUGGCUUUGGAAAGUGUACUGACCUGAAGAGAUGUAAGGUCUUCCCAGACGGGAAACCCUUCCCUCAGAGCAAUGACUGGAGACACAAGGGCUACGUCUAUGUAUGGCACUCUAUGGGUAAGAGACUCACUCAAACACAGUAAAUUACGCACAUAUGCAUGUACAAUGUCUUCGAUUAGAUGAGCUCUAUUAAAGGUGAGGAGGCAGGUGCUGAGAGAGAUGGAUAUCUGCUAUUACUCUAACUCUCUCUGCCUCUGAUUCCUCCCUCCCUUCCUCCCUCCCUCUCGCCCUCCCUCCCUCCCUCCCUCCUCCCCCCUCCCUCAGGUCAGUACUCUGAGACGUGCGAUGGCUCCUCCUCCACCCUGACAGUGAACACCAGUGACAUCACUCUUGGGGCGGAGCUGAUGGAGGUCAUGGUGUACAGGAAACGCGAGCGCAGGAAGUACAGCCCCCUGGCCACCGACAAGGUCGUCUUCUUUGUCACAGGUGAGUCCGCUGUAUACACUUCAUGUCUACUCUCCAAGCAUCACGUGUCUCAAUCCGCAACCUUGCUUCCUCCCAUCUACUAUCGUUCCUUCCCCUUGUACAUCUUAAAGGACACCAAGCACUUAGUCAGGUGGAGCUUUAGCGCUUUGCUUUCACUUAUUCAAUAUUUUCUGACUAGCCAUAGGCAGUCAAGGAUUUUGCUGAUUGGAACGCAGGCAUAGUCUCUCUUACACAUCACCUACAGCCAGUCUUCCGAACAGCCAUAGAAGGAGGCUAAACGUCACAGCCACAGGCCUGCUCAUGGCUUUGAGCAAGAAGUUGACUGUCAGGAGUUAAAUGGACUUGUCAUUGUGGGAGGUUUUGAAAACUAAGGGAGGAAAAAUUUUUCUUUACAAACUUGUUCUGUACUGUGAAGUUAAUCUGAAUAUGUGCUUCAUGUUAUCACAUAGGCAGGAGGCCUAUAUAUUCUCAUAUGUGUGUUCUGCUGUAGCCUACAUUGAUGAAUUUUAUUUCAAACUUUAUUCCGAAAUUGUGAUAUUAGUUCUACUGUGACAUUGAUGUCUUGGAAAUUAUAUGAAAUUCGGGUGUUGUAAGCCCCACAGCUGAGUGUGUGACCAUAUGCCUAUGGCGGGUGUUAUGCAGUGAUGUCUAGAAAAUGAGGCUAUAAGAAUUUCGGACUUGUGUAAGACCAAUAGCUAUACUCAAGUAUGUGGGCAUACUGCAGUGACGUCUAAAUGCUUUGAAUUAAUCAGCACCUUGGAGAGCAGUGUCCAUUUCACCACCAUAGAUAGUGGGCUACUUGGCUGUCUACUCUGUCUGCUGCGCUGAUACGUUUAGUUUGUCACUUUUUUUCUCAAUGUGUUCCUGUACCUCAGAGCCCACCCGGAUAACACCCCCCCCCUCCCGCGCUCACUAUGGGUGUGUUCGUAAAUUCACUCUGGAGUGCCAGAGUGCGCUCAGAGUGUGCUCUGGGCGUUCGUAAAUUCAGAGCGUUGUCUUAUUGUCCAUUGGUAAAUUCAGAGCGUUGUCAGAUUGUCCAUUCUUAAAUUCAGAGCGUUGUCAGAUUGUCCGUUGGUAAAUUCAGAGCGUUGUCAGAUUGUCCGUUGGUAAAUUCAGAGCGUUUCGCUCUCGGAGCAUUUAGCACACUGGAUGCUCUAGCGUUCUGACCUCACAACGGCAGUCAAGCACCCAAGCUAACUGGCUAAAGUUAGCUUGCUAGCUAGCUACUUCCAGACACAAAUGAGAGAACACCAUUUUACUCCCCCUAGCAGAGGUGGUUAGGCUGUUUUCAUGUUGUCUAGAGCGUUAGUGAGUGUAACUGUGCUGCUGGCAACGAUUGAAUAACGUUUUUUUGCUGAUGUUUACUGACACCGGUCAUAUUGAACGGGUAUUGCGCGUUCGUAAAUUCAUCAGUUAUUCUGCACUGACACACUCAAGAGGAGAGUGCUCUAAAGUCGGAGUAGAUAGCCAGAGAAUUUACGAACACACCCUAUGUGUUCCGGGACCUCGUUAACCCUUUUCCCUCCACAGACAAGAUCCCAGUGGCUGUGAAUAUUUCCCAGAAGGCAUCAGCCAACCUGUCGGAGAGCGUGUUUGUGCGUGGCGAGGACGUGGUGUUCAGUGUGUCGGUUCACGACCCCAGUAACUACCUGAAGACCGCAGACGCCGUCGACUACAUCUGGGACUUCAAGGAUGGCAACCAGCUGGUCACCCAUAGCAACGUAGCCACUCACACCUACAGUGCGGUUGGAAAUGUCAACGUGAAGUUGAUGGUGGAGGCGGCGUUCAAGAUCCCGUGUCCCCCGGCCAUGCCGACGAGUGUUACCUCGCCGAAAACUACAGGUACACUCACUUGAGUCACACACUUCAGUGGAUAUUGCAGGUACACAAACCUAGAAAGUAUGUACAGUCUUCACAAAGUAUUGGUCUUCACAAAGUUUGCUGCUUCAGUGUUUUUAGAUAUUUUUCUCAGAUGUUACUAUGGUAUACUGAACUGUAAUUACAAGCAUUCCAUAAGUGUCAAAAGGCUUUUAUUGACAAUUACAUUAUGUUUAUGCAAAGAGUCAAUAUUUGCAGUGUUGACCCUUCUUUUUCAAGACCUCUGCAAUCCCACAGUGGCGUGCUGUCAAUUAACUUAUGGGCCACAUCCUGACUGAUGGCAGCCCAUUCUUGCAUAAUCAAUGCUUGGAGUUUGUCAGAAUUUGUGGGUUUUUGUUUGUCCACCCGCCUCUUGAGGAUUGACCACAAAUUCUCAAUGGGAUUAAGGUUUGGGGAGUUUCCAGGCCAUGGACCCAAAAUGUUGAUGUUUUGUUCCCCGAGCCACUUAGUUAUCACUUUUGCCUUAUGGCAAGGUGCUCCAUCAUGCUGGAAAAGGCAUUGUUCGUCACCAAACUUUUUCUUGGAUGGUUGGGAGAAGUUGCUCUUGGAGGAUGUGUUGGUACCAUUCUUUAUUCAUGGCUGUGUUCUUAGGCAUAAUUGUGAGUGAGCCCACUCCCUUGGCUGAGAAGCAACCCCACACAUGAAUGGUUUCAGGAUGCUUUACUGUUGGCAUGACACAGGACUGAUGGUAGCGUUCACCUUGUCUUCUCCGGACAAGCUUUUUUCCGGAUGCCCCAAACAAUCGGAAAGGGGAUUCAUCAGAGAAAAUGACUUUACCCCAGUCCUCAGCAGUCCAAUCCCUGUACCUUUUGCAGAAUAUCAGUCUGUCCCUGAUGUUUUUCCUGGAGAGAAGUGGCUUCCUCGCUGCCCUUCUUGACACCAGGCCAUCCUCCAGAAGUCUUCGCCUCACUGUGCGUGCAGAUGUAUUCACACCUGCCUGCUGCCAUUCCUGAGCAAGCUCUGCACUGGUGGUGCCCCGAUCCUGCAGCUGAAUCAACUUUAGGAGACGGUCCUGGCGCUUGCUGGACUUUCUUGGGCGCCCUGAAGCCUUCUUCACAACAAUUGAACCUCUCUCCUUGAAGUUCUUGAUGAUCCGAUAAAUGGUUGAUUUAGGUGCAAUCUUACUAGCAGCAAUAUCCUUGCCUGUGAAGCCCUUUUUGUGCAAAGCAAUGAUGACGGCACGUGUUUCCUUGCAGGUAACCAUGGUUAACAGAGGAAGAACAAUGAUUUCAAGCACCACCCUCCUUUUAAAGCUUCCAGUCUGUUAUUCUAACUCAAUCAGCAUGACAGAGUGAUCUCCAGCCUUGUCCUCGUCAACACUCUCACCUGUGUUAACGAGAGAAUCACUGACAUGUCAGCUGGUCCUUUUGUGGCAGGGCUGAAAUGCAGUGGAAAUGUUUUUUGGGGGAUUAAGUUCAUUUUCAUGGCAAAGAGGGACUUUGCAAUUAAUUGCAAAUCAUCUGAUCACUCUUCAUAACAUUCUGGAGUAUAUGCAAAUUGCCAUCAUAAAAACUGAGGCAGCAGACUUUGUGAAAAUUUAUAUUUGUGUCAUUCUCAAAACUUUUGACCACGACUGUACAUAUUGCACACUAAUGAGCGUAAUCUUUCACCAUACUACUGCUACUCCAGCCUUUCGCUACACCCGCAAUAACAUCUGCUAAAUAUGUGUAUAUGACCAAUAACAUUUGAUUUGAUUUUAAUAAGGUAUGCACCAUUGAGGAAUGUUUUUUUUAACUGAUUGCGCUGCAGCCCCAUGUCCGUCUUUGAAGCAUUAUGUCAUAUCGCUCUUUUUCUCUCCUUCAGCAGCCCCCACACCUACCCCUGGCACUCACGCCAUCACUCGCAAAAUGGAGACAACCCAUGGUUUUGGUAAGAAUUAACUCUGUAAUGUGUGUUGAAUAGAAGUGUCUGUUAGAGUGUAUGAGGAAGUGUUUUCUCUAGUGAGUUUAGUUCUAUUCAGCUGACAUAAACUGUCCAAAUUCCACUGUCUCGUUUCCAGUGCCAGUCACCACUGCCAGACCCGCCCCCAACACACCUGUUCCUAUGACUACGGGCUUCCCAACAACGGAGCCUCUCCCGACGACGGUUGCUGACGUGGCCUUGGCUCUUUUCAACCCGAUACAACUUUUCGCCCAGUUCUUGCUAGCUGGCCCCACCCCCAUGUCCCUGCCCGCUGGCCCCACCCCCAUGUCCCUGCCCGCUAGCCCAACCCCCAUGGCCCAGCUCCGCCACAGACACCUGGCGGCCGAUGACUGCUUCCGCUACCUCUACGGAACCUUCCAGACCAACAUCACCAUCAUCGGUGGGUGGAUGAGGAUAUAGUGCGUCUCAAAUGGCAUCCUGUUCUCUUUAUAGUGCACUACUUUUGGGCACAAAGUAGUGCCCUAUAUAGGGAAUAGGGUGCCAUUUGGGACAUAGGAUUUGCCCCUAUGAGAAUGUCUAAGUUCCACUGCCCAAUGUCUACACAUGUUAACAUAAUCAUGCAUUGAUAUUAAUGGGAGUGGAAGUUAGUAUUUGCCCAAUUGUGAAAAGUCUUCAAUCCAAGCGUGUUUUAAUCACUCCAUUCAUUCCUUACCCAAUCACAGAACACAAGCACUUAAUCAACAGCCAGCCAGCCAAUUGGAUCGUGGACGUGUCUGCUGCCAAGGUGACCAACACUGAUAUCAGCUUCCUGGUCAAGUGCCUGGGCAGGUGAGUGGAACACAAUUGGAUGUGGCUAAGGCAACCCUCAGACAUGUUUUUGGACUAGUGAAAAAUGUCAUUUGUAAUGAAUAUUAACACACAAACCACUCCAUAGUUGCCCCAUCCAUUUACCUACUACCAUAACCACUCUCCUCCUUCUCUCCCCCUUCCCCAGCACUCCCACCUCAGCCUGCACCAUCGUGUCGGACCCCUCUUGCCACCAGGUGAGGAGCAUCAUGUGUGAUGACGUGCCCCCAUCGUCGGAAUGCGAGGUGCACCUGCGGAGGACCUUCUUGGAGCCAGGGACCUACUGUGUCAACAUCACCCUGGAGGACGCCAGCAGUCUGGCCCUCACCACCACCACCAUCACCAUCAGCAACACUGACUCUGACACACCCGGUAGGUCACAGGGCUAGACCCUGGGGUCUUAUUCAGGUUGAGUCCCAAAUGGCACCCUACAGUGCAUUCGGAAAGUAUUCAGACAGCUUGACUUUUUCCCCAUUUUCUUACGUUACAGCCUUAUUCAAAAAUGGAUUCAAUCGUUUUUUCCCCCAUCAUCAAUCUACACUCAAUACCCCAUAAUGACAAAGCAAAAACAGUUUUUUAGAAAAAUGGAAAUAUUACAUUUACAUAAGUAUUCAGACCCUUUAUUCAGUACUUUGUUGAAGCACCUUUGGCAGCGAUUACAGCCUCAAGUUUUAUUGGGUAUGACGCUACAAGCUUCGCACACCUGUAUAUCUCCCAUUCUUCUCUGCAGAUCCUCUCAAGCUCUGUCAGGAUGGAUGGGGAGCGUCGCUGCAAAGCUAUUUUCAGGACUCUCCAGAGAUGUUAGAUCGGGUUCAAGUCCGGGCUCUGGCUGGGCCACUCAAGGACAUUCAGAGACUUGUCCCGAAGCCACUCCUGCGUUGUCUUGGCUGUGUGCUUAGGGUCAUAGUCCUGUUGGAAGGUGAACCUUCACCCCAGUUUGAGGUGCUGAGUGCUCUGGAGCAGGUUUUCAUCAAGGAUCUCUCUGUAUUUUGCUUCAUUCAUCUUUCCCUCGAUCCUGACUAACCUCCCAGUCCCUGCCGCUGAAAAACAUCCCCACAGCAUGAUGCUGCCGGUAACAUGCUUCAUCGUAGGGAUGGUGCCAGGUUUCCUCCAGGCGUGACGCUUGGCAUUCAGGCCAAAGAGUUCAAUCUUGGUUUCAUCAGACCAGAGAAUCUUGUUUCUCAUGGUCUGAGAUUCCUUUAAGUGCCUUUUGGCAAACUCCAAGUGGGCUGUCAUGUGCCUUUUACUGAGGAGUGGCUUCCGUCUGGCCACUCUACCAUAAAGGCCUCAUUGGUGGAGUGCUGCAGAGAUUGUUGUCCUUCUGGAAGGUUCUCCCAUCUCCACAGAGGAACUCUGGAGCUCUGUCAGAGCGACCAUCGGGUUCUUGGUCACUUCCCUGACCAAGGCCCUUCUUCCCCAAUUUCUCAGUUUGGCCAGGCAGCCAGCUCUAGGAAGAGUCUUGGUGGUUCCAAACUACUUCCAUUUAAGAAUGAUGGAGGCCACUGUGUUCUCUGGGAACUUCAAUGCUGCAGACAUUUUUUGGUACCCUUCCCCAGAUCUGUGCCUAGACACAAUCCUGUCUCGGACCUCUAUGAACAAUUCCUUCGACCUCAUGGCUUGGUUUUUGCUGUGACAUAUCAACUGUGGGACCUUAUAUAGACAGGUGUGUGCCUUUCCAAAUCAUGUCCAAUCAAUUUAAUUUACCACAGGUGGACUCCCAAGUUGUAGAAACAUCUCAAGGAUGAUCAAUGAAAACAGGAUGCACCUGAGGUCAAUUUCGAGUCUCAUAGCAAAGGGUCUGAAUACAUUUGCAAAACAUUUUAAAAACCUGUUUUCGCUUUGUCAUUAUGGGGUAUUGUGUGUAGAUGGAUUUAAUUUAAUCAAUUUUAGAAUAAGGCUGUAACGUAACACAAUUUGGAAAAAGGGAAGGGGUCUGAAUACUUUCCGAAUUCAUUGUAUAUAGGGAAUAGUGUGCCAUAUGGAUGGGCCAUGAUCAAGGUAGUACACUAUAUAGGGAGUAGGGUGGCAUUUGGGAUACAAUGUUUUGAAUGUGUACAAGUCCAAAGCCAUAGAUGGGGAUUUUCAUUUUUAAGUUUAGGUUUCGUUUGAUGGUAUUUAGGCACAAUUUACAACUGAUAAAGUGAUUUAUUUCUCUUCCAAUCUCAUCCCACCUCUCUACAUCUUUUCUCUCCACUUCUUUCCAUCCUCCCCCCUUUGAUUCUUGCCUCCCCUCGAUCCAUCCCACCUCUCUAUCACUCUGUCAAUUUCCCUCUCAUUUUUGUUCCUCCAUCCCUCUCCCCCAUCUGUCUGUAGUGUCUAAAGCUCCUCAUGCUGCAGAGGUUGUCCUCUCCUCCAGUGCUAUUGUGGUAGCCAUCUUUGCCUUCACCGCCUUCAUGGUCUAUAAGUAAGUCAAGCCACCCAGUAUUACUCGCGCACUCACACAGAGUUUCCCUUACUCAUGAUCUCUCAUUUCCAUCUCCCCCACCACAUCUCUAUCCCCCCUCUUCUCCAUCUCUCCCUCCCCAUCUCUCCCUCACCUCCAUCUCUCUCUCUCUCCUCUCCUCUUCUCUCCCCCCCUCCCCUCCACCUCUUCCUCCCCCCUCUCCUCCAUCCCUCCUCCUCUCUCCUCCAUCUCUCCUCCUCUCUCCCCCUCUCCCCCUCUCUCCCCCCUCCACCUCCCCUCCUCUCACUCCCCCCUCUACUCCAUCUCUCUCCCCCCUCCCCUCCACCUCUCCUCCAUCCCUCCCCCCCACCUCUCCUCCAUCCCUCCCCCCCACCUCUCCCACCCCACUCUCCUCCACCUCUCCCUCCCCCCUCCACCUCUCACUCCCCUCCUCUCUCACUCUCCCCUCCCCUCCUCUCUCUCCCCCCUCCACUCCCCUCCAUCUCUCUCUCUCCCCCCCCUCCCCUCCAUCUCGCUCCCUCCCCUCCCUCCAUCUCUCUCUCUCCCUCCCCCCCUCCUCUAUCUCUCUCCCCCCCUCCAAUCCCUCCAUCUCUCCCUCCCCCUCACAUCAUCUCUCCCUCCCCCCUCCCUCCAUCUCGCUCUCCCCCCCCCCCAUCCAUCUCGCUCUACACCUCCCUCCCCCCUCCCAUCCAUCUCUCCCUCCCUCCCUCCCCCCUCCCAUCCAUCUCUCCCUCCCCCCCUCCCAUCCAUCUCUCCCUCCCUCCUCUACUUUCCUCUCCCAGGCGCUAUAAAGUCUACAAGCGGGUGAGGAGGUCCCUGGUGGAGGAUGCCAGCGGCAGGGGCCAUGUUGGGGUCGGAGGUCGUAUGAGCCGGCUGAGGGAGGUAAUAUUCCCCACCAACGAGGAGAGGAGUCGCCUGCUGUCGGACAGACGCCCCCUGUAGACCCUCCGACGGUACUACAGCAAUGGGCUGUAAAAUUGGGGUGUAUUCAGUGGUGUGCAACAUUUUGAAUGGUGCAGAUAGAAAUAGCAUGAAUAGAGCUUACUGGAUUUCCUUUCGUAUCUGACAGACAAGCAUAUCUGUUCUACACGAUACAUUUCUAUCUCAAUGUUCUGUAACUUUAUAUAAUCCUUAACAGACCCCAGGGUUUUUACUCAGAGGUUCUUCAGUACCAAAGUUAACUUUUAGCACAUUCAUAAAUGCAUCACAAAGAAGAUAUAUAUACCAAUAACCAAGAGAACUAACACUGUUAAUAGGUAAGAUAGCAAGAGAUACAUUUAACUUUUGAUAAUAAAUAUGAAAAUACAAAUGCCUUUUCUGUUUAGUUGACUUUGUUGUAGAAAAGCACAAGUACAGAGCCUAUAGAAAGUCUACACCCCCCUUACAAAGUGGGAUUAAAACAGAUUUCAUUGUACUUUUUUGUCAAUGGUCUACACAAAAUACUCUGUAAUGU